UAAGUACAUUUUUUUAAUCUCUAGAAUAUAAAAAAAAGAAUAAUAAAAAUAAAAAAAUGAACGUUUGUACUAGGCUACUUUUAGUAGCAAUCGUCGCGUUAUUAAAUUGUGCGUUAAGUUUACAAAAUCCUGUAAGUCAAAACUAUAGUACCAGCAUUUUACGUAUAGCUAAAUCCGCUCAGAUAAAGGCCUAUUUGGAUGAAGACCAGGAUCCUUGCGAUGAUUUUUAUGAAUUUGCUUGUGGAAAAUGGCAACGUCUACAUCCUGCACGUGCUGAUUUAACAAAAACUUUCUACUUAGCACAACUAGAUGAUUUAUACAUUAGAAAAAGCGCUGAUAUGUUAAAGAUGGAACGCAAAGCAGAUACUAAUAUGGAUAUUUUACUUAAAAAUUUUUAUUCUUCCUGUGAAAGUCGUGAAACGUUGGCGCACUUAGGAAUGACUCCCAUAUUAAAAAUUGUAGAGCUUAAAGGUGGUUGGCCAAAGGUCAAAUCAGCUUCUUGGUAUGAAGAUGAAUACGAUUGGAUGAAAAUAGUUGCAGAAAUAAGACGCAAAUUGGGUGUUGAUGUAUUGAUUGGCUUAGAUAUAGUACCAGAUGUAGAAGUAAAUGAUGUACAGCGUAUAAAAGUAGGUGCUCCAAAGCUUCACUUACGUACCAGAAAAGCUUAUUUAGAGAAACAAUACGAAAAACAGCGUGAAGUUUAUGAAAAUGAAAUAUCAAAUAAACUGCAUAGAUAUUUUCCUGAUAUGUCGUCAGAAUGGGCAAACGAAGUUGCUAAACAAGUUGUCGAACUCGAACAAGAAUUAGCUAAAGGUUUACCUAAGCUUGAGAAUUUCACAUUUGAACAAACAAAGAGAUCACGUUAUGCAUCGGACUUAAGAACCGCCUACGGCACCUAUGUAGAUCUCAGCCGUUACCUUCAUCUUAUUUUCAAUGAAACAAUCUAUUCCGAAGUAUAUGAGUGGCCAGAAGACUAUAUGACUAAUUUGAUGGAAGUUAUAAAGAACACACCAAAACUCACCAUCGCUAACUAUACAAUGUGGCGCGUCAUCAAUAGAUUUGAUCAUGUAGCUGAUAUUAACAAGGAGAAACAGGAUAAUUGGUGUGUGCGCAAAAUUAUAAAAUAUUUUCCACAUCAAUUAGAACGCAUGUUUCAGCAUAACUACAACAGCAUGCAGAUGGUAAAUGAGUUGCAAUCAGUAUGGGCUGAUAUUAAAAAUACUUUCAGAGAAGAACUGCACACAGCAAAAAAACUUAAUUGGAUAUCCUUAGAUACACGUCAAAAGGCUGUUGUCAAAUUGGAUUCCAUGGAUUUGGAAUUUAUAACACACAACGAUGAAAAUUUAGAAGGGCAAAUGUACGGUUUGAAAUUUACUAGGGAUAAUUACUACGAAAAUUUAAUAAACAUUAUGCAAUGGAAAACAUUACACAAAUUGGCAAAAUACUUGCUAAAACCUGAAAAUAUUGAAAAAGAUACGAACAGAAUAAAAUAUCAAUUAAGAAAAAACAAAAUAGAAGUGCCUAUAACGUACUUGCAAUCUCGUUUCUUUUGGGAUCCUGUGUACCCAACAGCGCUUAAAUAUGGCACAUUAGGUUUUGUGCUCGCACAGGAAAUGUUGCAGGGUUUUGAUUCAGUGGGUCGAAAAUAUGAUAAUCACGGUUUUCAACGCAACUGGUGGGAUAUGAACUCAGAAGCAAGCUUUGACGACCAUACACAGUGUUUCAAAAACCAGUAUGAAAAUUACAAAAUUAAAGGAAAAUUGUCUGAAGACGCCGAUGUGGUAGCUACCAGUGUGGCAGAUAAUGGUGCAAUUAGUAUUGCGCAUACGGCUUUCCGUAAGUGGUGGAGUAAUGCACCUGACAUAGAACAUUCGACUAACGAAAUCUUACCAUCACUAAAGUAUAAUUCAGAACAACUAUUCUUCAUUGGUUUUGGACAAUUGUUAUGUGCUAAUUAUCAUGAAAGCGUAACAGUAUAUACUGAAGUACCGGAAAAUGUACGUGUACUAGGCGCCCUGUCCAAUCAGUUGGCUUUUGUUGAUGGAUUUAAGUGUGAUUACAAUGUGAAUAUGAACCCCAAAAAGAAAUGCCUUAUUUGGUAACAAAUAUCAAUUUAUUAUAUUUAUACACAUAUAUGAAUAAAAAAUAAUUAUAAAAUUA